CAGUCUUGGCCGGCUCAUACUUCGUCCCACUGUCUGCGGGAAAGUUGCAUCGUGUUUGUAACUACUAACGCUAAGCUACUGUACCUUCCAAAUAAUUAAAACAGCUUGGCAGUGUAGAUGUAGAUGCCCUGCUGCCCGUCCCUCUUUGCCAGGAUGACAGACCGCAAGGCUGUGGUGAAGAAUGCUGACAUGUCAGAAGAGAUGCAGCAGGAUGCUGUGGACUGUGCCACACAGGCUAUUGAAAAAUUCAACAUAGAAAAGGACAUCGCGGCGUUUAUCAAGAAGGAGUUCGACAAGAAGUACAACCCCACGUGGCACUGCAUUGUCGGUCGCAACUUCGGCAGCUACGUGACGCAUGAAACCAAACAUUUCAUCUACUUCUACCUUGGCCAGGUGGCCAUCCUGCUAUUCAAAAGCGGAUAGAAGAAGCCAUCACCUCCAUUUUUUCUCUUGUUUCUGUUCCUUAUUUGUCACGUGGUUUAUUCUCCCUCGCUUGAUUAGAGCAACAAAGAAGAAUCUGUCCAUUGCUUCCUUAGUAAUCCUCUGUGGAGCGAGGCUGCCGCAACGGAUAUCCACUGGACGGGCUUGCUUCACUAUCCGUCGCUUCAUAAUUCAUCUUCUCACUAAUGGUGGGUGUUGCACAUUUAUCUCAUUCGUGAACGCAUCUUGAAGUAAUUCUCGACCAAUAAUAUGGGAAUUUCCAAUAACUCCUUUCAAUUGACAAGACUAAUAAUUGGUCGCCUUACGUUUCAUCCUCUUUGUUGGCUGAAGAGGAGAGUCAGCACCGCAUGAUGGGCCCUAGCAUGGCCGGAAUCUCGCACGUCGUUUGUUGUAUUCUGCUGCAGAUUGGCUGGCGUUUACGCUGCCUGUUUUGAGAGGUGUUUGAAAUUUAGAAGUUGUUGUUUAUGCGCAAGAGUGUGCAGUUUUGAUCUCUACUAUAGCAUAAGUUAUUAUUGUUUAGUGCGAAAUUUACCGCAAAAGUUCUCACCUUCCGUUGUACCAAUAAUGCAUUAAAUUCUAAUAUUGCCAAAGUUUAUCAAGUAUCUGGCAUUGUGUGUCUUAUAUUGUUUAGCCCCGCCAGUCACAAUAAUUUUCAUAUUGUACGGAGAUUUUGUUCUGAAGUCCGUUGCAUUCUGCUCUGCAGUUAUUUCGGCAACCAUGUUUUUUAGUUUACCUCCUUUAAAGUUUGUAUAAUUCCGUUCCAAGGGACCAUCUAUGCCCACUUAUGUCCUACUGUUCUAUGUACUUAACAAAGAUCGCAUUAAUAUGUCACUUUGAUCGCUCAAUUUGUCUUGAAUCCCUGUCUUGAUUUCUUUCUGUUCUACGCGACAUCUAAAUACAGCUAACGUGUCAACACCA